CCGAAGUUUCGAAGAACGUGUUUGUUUAUUAAAAUCGCCUCGUGAUUAUUUCACUCCAUUUAUAUCUUAGAUAAUCUUGAAUAAUCCCUUUAUCGAUGAAUUUGAUAUUUUACGUUUCUUCGGCAUGAGUUAAUCGGGCUUUGAACUGUUUUGUUCGUGUUUUUUUUUCAAUUGGUGAUUGAGAAUUUCAACAGCAAGUGGAAUCUCCUUGGCGCCGAAACGACAAGGUUCCACGAAUUCGCCGGGUAUUGUGAUAGCGCUCAAAAUUAUCAAUGCUUGAAUAGUCGCGUUUGUUAUGUCUGGCAUGUUUGCCGAGUUACACUGCGGUAAAAUCGGCUCUUCGUGAAAAAUCAAAAUGAAAAGAUCCUGGGUAUUCGUGUUCAUGCUAUGUUGUCCCGUAAUUUUGAACGCACUAAUGUUAGGACCAUCCAGUCAAAACCUGAAGCGGAUAAAGAGAGAUGUUUGUAUCGUUGAAGAAAACGAAAAGCAAAUGACUACAUUUAAUUUCACAAACCUUUUAAAUGUAGCUGAUGAUUAUAUUAUCGCACGAAACGAUACCGAUGGAGGUUCAGUUUAUGUACAAUUGUGCAGUUCACUGAAAAAUAAGUGCAACGGUCAAACUGGUUACAGUAUUUGUUUAAAGAAGAAAAAUAAAGAAAUAGGUAUUGGAAAAUCGCCACCUCAGGUUGAAUUCAAGUCUGCUAGAAUAACUUUCCGUUUUAUUGGCGAUAAAUGCAAUAGCACCUCUAACUAUUCAACUAUUAUUAUAAUGAAGUGUGAUUAUAAUGCGUCUGGAAAUAACUCAUUUCCAAUAAUCAUUCCACACGCUGAGGAUCAAUGUGAUAUUUAUCUAAUUUGGAGUACUGUUUAUGCAUGUGGUCCUAGACACAGAACCAGCUGUUCUGUGGCGGACGACAGUGGCCACGAAUACGAUCUUUCCCCUUUAACACAGUAUUCAGAAAAUUAUGAAGUCCCUAUGAAUAAAUCUAAAAUUAUAUUAAACGUAUGUCAUUCAGUGAUAUAUGGACAUGGUGCUGCGUGCAAGCAAAAAGCGGCAUCUUGUUUUCAAGACUCUAAUGCAAAUAACAGUUUCAUUGAUAUAGGCGAGGUAGAGCAGCCUCCAUACAUCGACAGCGCUGACGGGAUUUUAAAGAUUGAAUAUAACAACGGGGAUAUCUGUACUGCUGUUCUUGGAUCUGUUCCACAUAUAAAAACUGUUAUAUUCUUCAUUUGUGAUCCUACGGGGGUGAAUACCUCUCCAAGUUACAUGUAUGGAGGUGAAAUCUGCGCCUAUCACUUGGAAUGGAAGACGUCACUCGCAUGCAAAGAACCUUUGAAAGAUAAGACUUUGAUAUCUCUAACUCAGACACCAGUUCCUAUGCCUACCACUCCGAUGACAAAAUCAACACCAGUAAUCAAAUCUACAACAAAUUCUCAGAUUAAGUGCGCUACAGAAAAUGACGAAAUUAAUUUGGCUGGGCUAAUUCGCUCUAACAACGAUUAUAUCGUGAAAACUGGUGACACAGAAUUUCGUAUAAACGUCUGCAAUCCUCUAGUCUACACAGAAAAUUUAACUGCUUGUCGUGGUGGUUCAGCUUGUAAGAUUCCCAAUCGAGGAGAUACACAGGGAAUUAGUUUAGGAAAACUGGAAGGAAGACCGGUUAUCGAUAAAAACCGAAACGUGGUUUUGCAAUAUAAGGGUGGUUCUCCUUGUGUAGAAAAUCAAGGCGAGUCAAUAUCAUCCAAUGUGACUUUUGUCUGUAAUUAUUAUGGCGUUGAUACGGGUCGUCCGGAGUUUUUGAAAUACACAGACUGUACCUAUUUAUUCAGAUGGGAAACUAGAUUCGUUUGUGGUGCAGUUGUAGGCAAUUAUUACAACAAUUGCACGAUUAGCAAUCCACUCUCUCAAACCAUUGAUCUUUCCUCGCUAAAAAAAGAAACUUUCUACAAGAAAAACAACCAAGGCAAAAGUUACAGUAUAAGCAUGUGCGGAGGAAAAAAUAUCUGUAAUAAUUCGACGAUUUGUCUCGAUGAGAAGGGUUAUGGAUCCUCGGUGAACGUCGUGUAUCAAUAUCCUAAAUAUUCUGUGAAACUGAAUUACACAAAGGGGAACAAGUGUUCAAACGGUACCUUGAACUCAGAAAUCCAGCUCAUUUGCAAUUCUACGGCUGGAGUGGGAACGCCUGAACUAACUCGGGAAUCCGAGUGUAGUGUCCACUUCGAAUGGCAAACAAAUGUGAUUUGCAAAUCGCAGAUGAAUACUCCGACGAAAAAUCCAGCUGCCUCUGGUGAAACGAAAGAUGUGGAAGCACAGAAAGAAAUUUCAUCAAAGCCUGGUUUACUUUUAGUGUACUUCUACUACUUCACCGUAAUGGGUCUAACCAUCGCGAUUCUACUACUCUUUCGCAACCCUGCUAGGCGAGCUCGAUGCUAUCGCAUUUUUUCAAAUCCAUGUUCAUCAUCGAGCAAUGAUCGGGUGAAGUAUUGUAGGGUGAAUACUACUGAAGAAGCUCGUUUAUUAUUAGACACCCACGAUUCAACAACAGUUUGUCAGUCAGAUAGUGACGAUGAUUUAUUGGGCGUCUAGUUAAAUUCGAGACAAUGGAACGCAUUUUUCUCACACAUAAACCAUCGGUUUCAUCUCAAAAAUGCAGAUCUAUGGUUUACGCCGACUGACUCAAUUCUCUCUGGUGCGAUCAACUUAAAUGUACUUACUAAAAGCUGUAAAUAUUUCUAUAAUAUAUUAUGUGUAUAGUAUAUAAAAUAUUAUAUUUAAAAAUAAGAAACUUUCAA